AUGGUGCAACUGGCGGAACCUCUGCAACGGAANUCCGCUAAAACCGCAGCUUCAUCGACCGUGGCUUCAACUGCUCAACCUACACCAGCUAAAAAGGGGCGAAAACCAAAAGCAGCCACAAAUGAGGAUGGUACUCCUUCAAUUCCAUCAAAAAGAGGCCCCAAAAAGGGGGCUGAACACGCCCAACUAACUUCAUCUUCCUCAUCACCGCUUGAGCCUAAAGAGGUCAAAGUCGGCAGAGGUCGAGGACGAAAGCGCAAGGUGGUAGACUCUGAUGAGACAACGGCAGCAACGGCAGCAACGGCAGCGGCAGCAACAACGACCAAAAAACCUAGGAAACCCAAAGGAUCAGCGGCGGCAGUUUCACUUGAUAAACAACCGGAAAAUCCUCCUCGCACUUCAGCCUUGGCAGCCGCCCUCGCCGAAGAGGAUGAUGAUGAUAAUGUUAAUGAGGAUGCUGUUGCGGAGGAUGAUGAUGCGGAAAAGUCGGACGUCACCGAGCUGGACUCGGACAAUGAGACCAUCAUGAGUCUGCUGGACGCCGAGGAGAAGCGGAUGAACAGCUUGCAACAACAGCAGCAACAACAACCAUUGCCAAAUCAAGCUAAGCCAGCAGAUCCGAAUUCAGCAAAGCCUGAGCACCUGCCUUUUGCAUCACCCUCACCAGCAGACAUCACCAAAUCUCCCAUAAACGCACCUAGUUCAGUUUCAAACACAGUUUUGCCUGCAGCCAAACCUAAACCAUCAUCUCUGUCUUCAUUAGUGGAACUACCACAACCACCACCAAAGCGGAAGUACACUAAAAAGGUGGCGACAAACGCUACAGUUAUUUCAAAUAAUCUAAACAUUGCUGCUGAUGUUGCCUCCGGUUUGCCGUCUGUUCCAAAUAACACCGGCGGCAACAGCAGCAAAGAUGAAAAAGUCGUUGAUAGUGAAAUUGGCAAAAAGAUCAAAGGCCCCAUCAAGGAGUCUGAUAAUUCGUCAGUAGCUGAGGGCAAAGACAAAGACAAAAACGAUGAUAUUGAGGACGAUGAUGAUGACGAGGACGACGACGACGAUGAUGAUAGUUCGAGCGACGAUGACAGCGACAGUGACAGUGACAGCGACGACAGUGAUGACGACGACGACGACGACGACGACUUUGAUGAUGAGGCGACGGACAAUGAAGAGGAUGGGGAAAAGGAAACAAAAAAGACCAUAACCUCUACAAAUUCUGCCGUUUCCAAAACGCCAACAACAGCCUCGACUUCAUCAUCAUCAUCAUCUUCAGCCACAACCAGCACUUCAACUGGAAAACGACCCGUUGGACGACCGAGAAAACGUCCUGAACCAAAUUCAGCAGCCACAAACACCCCAGCCAAACUUCCCUACACCGGUAAAAAGCGAGGUCGAAAAAGCUUAAAAGAGCUGAACCAGCAGAGAAAUCUGCGCAAUCGAAAGUAG